ACACUGGUGAGGUGACAACUUGUCACUGACAAGUCAUGAUAAUUUUUUGUAAAGCAAUAGUUUUAUCGCCAUGGAUGACUCGUUUUUCAGCUUUGACACAAAUCUACCGGACGAUGAAGGUGGCGAUGGACGUAUCGGAGAGGCGGAGUACGAUGCCCUCAAUGACGAAACCUUCGGAUCGGCGAUAAAUGGCGACUGGGAGGAGGCCCACGAGACGAUGGUGCGGCUGGGCGGGAAUGGCGAGAGGGUGCGCAAGCGGCCAGCGGAAUCCACCGGUGGCACGGACUUUGCCGAACACGGCAACGGUGCCUUCUUGCGACACGGAAAUCCGCUCUCCUCGGCGCCCUCGUCCAGCGGCUCCACUCCGGCCCCGUUUAAUGCCCCAUUCCGGCAGUCGCGACACAUCGGCGACUCGGACUUAGAGCUGAACCUCUCCUCGAUGAAGCUGGACGACAUGGACCUGUCUACGUUUGCAGACAGUGAGGCCGGCGGCCUGACGAACCGAAUCAACUUGGACUCGGGCGUCUGGGGCUCGCAGCCGUUCCCCAACAACCAACCCCUGUUCCGCGAACCAAUGCGCAGCGCAUUCAAACCGCAGCAGCAGCAACCACAGCACCACCACCAGAUGAAGCCCCCGCCGGAGGCAAAUGCCAACUUUCCACUGCAUCACAUGCCUCCACAGGCUGGCCCAAAGAUCACCACCCUCGAGGACAUAGAACGCAAUAUGAUCAUCCAGCAAUCAAUGCCCAAACAGCAGCAGCAAAAUCAGCAGCAGGCAGAGCGAAAGAUGUUCGACGACUUCACCCUGGGAAACAGGCAGCAUGUGGCCACACCAACCAUGUUGCACCAACAGCAGUUGCAACAGCAGCAACUCCAGCAACUUCAGCUACAGCAGAAACAACAAUCGCAGCACCAGCCGCAGCAACAAGCGCAGCACAAGGCACCCCCUGGUUUUAUGGGAACGCCGCAGACCUCUCCACCCAGGCCAAAUUUGGGUUUUCCCGGUCCCCAUCCUCUGCCCGAGCUACUGCCCACACCGCCGUCGCAGCAACAACUGAACGGCAUGGGUGGCAACAGAGUGCCGCCGGGGUUUAUUUACCCGCCAGGUCUGGCGGGGAAUAUGCCACCACUGCCGCAGCACCCGCUCAUGCCGCAGCACAUGCCGCCUAACUUUCCACUGGCCGGCGGUAAUCAGCGCCCACUACCCAAUCCUCACGCCCUGCCCACGGCUCUGAACAACUUUGCCAUGCAUCCUAGUUUUAAUGCGAUGCGCGCCGCUGGCCUGCAUCCGGCUGCCUUUAUGCAACCGCCCCAUCCGCACCAGAUGCAGCCACCUCGAAUGCCACCGCAUCCCUUGCAAUCGGCCACAAGUCUACUCGGCCAGCAGCCGAACUCCAUGUACAACAUGUUCAACAUGCGGCUUGUGCAGGAGAUCCAGCAAAACCAUCCGCUGCUCCAGCAAGCUGCUGUGGCGCGCCAGAUGCAGCAAAGCAGGGCGGGUUCGGUGGCCAGCGAUCGUCAGAAGUCGCAGAUGCAACAGCAGCAGCAGCAAAUAGGACGACGUCCGGACGGCACAGGGAAUUACCCAUUAGAUGAAUACGACGAGUAUGCCAACCUGAUGAGCACGCGCGAUAAGCACUGGCUAAUCGGAAUCCAGCUGUCGCAGCUAAACACGGACACUCCGUACAUCGACGACUACUAUUACACAGUGUUCAGGGAGCGCAAGGCCCAGCAAAACGGGCAGAUGCGCAACAGCCAGGCGCACAAGGACAACCAGCUGAACCAUCCGCUCACGCAGCCCCGCGGCCAUGCGCAGCUCAUUCUCGUGCAGUUGGGCAACAAAAAUGGCACUCGAAAUGGCCACGGACGAGAGCGCCGCAAUUCGGAGAACGCCAACAGCACGGCAGGCAGCACAAACAAUGGAUCGAGUGGAAUCGGUGGCAACAAUAACAACCUGACGGGCUAUAUAUUCUCGCCUCUGAAGUUCGAGAACUCGCUGGGAAAGCUGCAGUACGGCAGUGUGACAGCGCCGCGGAAAAUCAUCGAUGCUGACAUUAUGAGCGGCGAGUCGAAUUCCGGGGCAGAUGCCAACGCGACUUCCUCCUCCACGAGUUCGACUCCGUUGCCUCCAUCAGCUAGCCAUGAUGUCAAUCCCAGCAGCAUGCGCAAGUCCCGUCAUAUUCUGCUUCUGAUCGAGACGCUGUACCGCUAUCUUCUGAAGUUGGAGGAUCUGGAGAGCCCCGAUGUCAUGGCCACUAUCGAGCUUAAAAAGAAGAAAGAGGCCGAGCGCAUCGCGGCCCUCGAACAGCUGGAGAUGGCCAACAAAACGCCCGAGGAGCGGGCCGCCGAAGCCGCCAAUCCGCAGACCAUGAAUCCGCAGCUGAAGAACAAGUUUAACUAUGAGGUCGAGACGAACGCCGCACUGGUGAAUAAGUUGAAAGCGGGACUGGCAUUUGACAAGGUCGUGUCCAUGAUGAAUGUACGCAAGGGAAAGAUUCUCCUACGCCGCAUUAUGCCCUUUAUUGAGAAUCAAAGCAUUCGGUGGACUGUUUGGAGUGGAGUUUUCUGUUCCCUGCAGACUGUGGUGAAGAAGGACAAGGACGAUGUUGAAGGAGUCUUGUAUGCGCUUUACCCAGAGUUCAAGAAACACUUAAACAAAGCUAGUUUCGAUAUCCUAGUGAGCAUUUCAGCUGGCAUUACGCUGAACGACAAAAAACUGACUGGAAUUUUCUGCAGUCGCUUUGGCAUCCUAUCCCUGGUUGCUCUGAUACUUCGCGCCGAGGAAAUAUACGUUUCACGAACUGACGCAACUCUUAGCGAGGAAAACAGGCAAAAGUGGCGUGAGUUUCUGGCACAGGUUGCAUCCUGCCUAAACCGCACUAUUCAGAACCAGACCAUCUCGGCCGCCAUUGAGUCGGAUGCGAUUCAUCCGCUUAUGGACCACUUCGAACGGUUUAAAGAUCUUAAACUGGAUGCGCUUUUAGCAUUAAUAACUGAGGCCAGGCAUCAAAUUGACUAGGUUGCUUUGCAAGACUUUCAUUUCACUUGAUCAAGGCGUUUCAGAUAAAUGUGAAAUUAUGUAGCAGAGUUCAUUGCUUUACUCAAUUACGCAUAUGUUUGUAUAAAUUAUGUAUCCAAUACUUACAUAUGUACGACCGUGUUUACUUUUACGCAUACUACACAAAAAAUAUUGCUACAGGGUAUACAAAUCUCACACUUAAUUGAGAAGUACUCAACCGUCAAUAAAUUUUGAUAAUAGUUUGUUAGAAACGUUCUUUUAUCCAAAUUAUGUGCACUGUACAAGAGAGAUAGAGAAAGAGAGGAGAACAUGUUUUAUAAAUAAAAUAUCGAAUGGUAGGUUUUGCUCAUUGUACAUACUUAUAUCAUUUCGUAUUUGAUAAGGAGUACUUCUUCGGCAUUUUCUGUAGAGAUUUAAACAAAUAAUCCACCCUAUAAUGUGUAAAUGAACAUUUUGGUCAUUUUCAUUUUUUUUUUCUCAUUGAAUUGGGCUUUCACUGUAACUUGUACCCCUAUUAGAAAGGAAAUAUAAUAUCUACGUUUACAAUUUUAAAGCACCGAUAUAUAUGCGCGAUUAUUGCAUACUCAUUUAAACGUGCAACCAUAAAUAGCUACUUAUUUUCUGGUAUUUGUAAAUAUCGGUUUUAUGAAAUUUCUACUAUAAUACAUUUUGGGUUUUAUUAAAUCAAAUUUGUGCAAGACCCAUUAAAUAUAAUCGAGACAUUCAGCAUAAAUGUGUACUAAAUAAUUAGCAUUGUGAAAAGUUCAGCCGAAAUCGUGUUUAUUAAAACAGAAUGAUCAAAAUUGUGAUACAUUUUGACUUUUAAACAUAAACAAAAAUACGAAGUUUGGAAAGAAUAUGUUAAACACACAAACAAAUUUGAAAUUAGAAAAACUGUAACUUUCAUAAUACUUCUGUAACACAACGGAGAGAUAUUUGUUGUAAGAAUCCGUUGUGAUGCAUUUUAAUUUUAUUUCGUUUUUAAUUUUAUCGACACUAUCAUUUCAAUUUUGUUUUAAGUGACUUUUUAAUUAAAUUCAUGUUUUGUAUCUAAAAGAAAUUAGCACUUGGUUGCCAAAUUUUUACAUCCAAUUCAAAAACUCGCUUUUUAAGCAAGCAAGAGUCAAAAUACGAUAGCUGUUUAAGAAUGUAAACGCAUAUACAAAAAUUAUUGUAGACUAAUUUGUAUUUAUCGCAAGAAAACACUUCAAACAUUAAACAAAAAUAUGUUGGCAGAUUAAAAAGAAAAAUUUUAAAAUUUAUAAUUUCAAGGAGUAUAAUAAAUAAAACAUACCAUUUCACAGAACACACC